UCAUCUCUGACAUAUGACAUGAUCUUAUUUCUAGGAUACCUAAUUAGCAUGGGCUUUUACGAAUUUACGAAUGGAUUGCAUCUUGUCUAACUCUUACAUAGGAACAUUUUCAAAGGUAUGGAGUCUUUCCUGUUUAAUGUACUUCUUUUCUUUUUUUUUUUUCCCCCCUCAUUAGUUGAACCUGUUGUGAGCUUAAUGAAAGGACCAAACCCUCUAAUAGAUGGUGCAAAUAGGACAGUAGCAGCCACUUGUACAGCAGCCACUGGAAAACCUGCUGCAGAGAUUGACUGGGAAGGAGGUCUUGGUGAAAUGGAAUCCAGUUCUACCUUGUUUCCAAAUGAAACGGUGACAGUUGUAAGUCAGUCACGAUUUGCAAGAGGAAGACUUAUAACUUGUAUCGUGAGGCACCCUGCUUUGGAAAAGGAGAUAAGAUACCCUUAUGUGUUGGACAUACAGUAUGCCCCAGAAGUGUCAGUAACUGGCUAUGAUGGAAACUGGUUCAUUGGAAGAGAGAAUGUUCAGCUCAGAUGUAAUGCUGAUGCAAAUCCAUUACCUAUGGAAUUUAUGUGGGCCAGGUUGGAUGGACAGUGGCCUGAAGGAUUGCUGUCUGUCAACAAUACUCUGCAGUUCAGCAGCCCAUUGACUUACAACUACACUGGGACUUACAUCUGUAAGGUGACUAAUUCUCUUGGUCAGAGAAGUGAUCAGAAGACUAUCUACAUAUUAGAUCCUCCUACUACUACCACUCGACUGCCCACGGUUCCCUGGCAUCCUUCGACUGAUGGCAUCACAGGUUUAGCAACAGAAUCUAGAGAAAUAAAUUUCCCAACAUCAACCUUGCCAGCAAUGCAGGAAGACACUUGGGGUACUGCCAUCGGUAGUGCGGUGGGUGGGGCUCUCUUCCUCAUACUUGUCAGUGUUCCAGUUGUCAUCAUCUGCUAUAGGAGAAGACGGACGUUCCGUGGUGACUACUUUGCUAAGAACUACAUUCCACCGUCAGAUAUGCAAAAAGAGUCUCAAAUAGAUGUUCUUCAGUCAGAUGAUGUGGAUUCUUACCCUGACAGUAUAAAAAAAGAAAUAAAGCAUCCAAUGGACAUCAUAAUAUCUAAAGAUUAUUUAGAAGACCCUGAAAAACCAGAGUGGAACAAUAUAGACAGUAUUAACAGGUACCAGGAACGUUAUGAAAGACCCAUGGAUUACCAUGAAGGUGGAACAUUGGGAAUGAAGUAUUUGGUUGGUGAAUGUUACGAUGACAGUGCAGAAGACUUUGUUUCUCACAUAGAUGGUUCGGUAAUAUCUCGGAGGGAGUGGUAUGUGUAAUAACCACUGAAAACUAAAUGUGUUCGUUUCAUUGGCUGAUCACUUUCAGAUUGUUUAUACUUACACAAGAUGAGGAAUAAACUUUUUGAAACUGAUUUUUCUUUUGAAGGUUUUUAUAUUGUGACUUGACACAAUGGAAAUAUUGAAUCUGGGGAAAAUUUAUUUGAGCUGCUUUUUUUCCCAAUACUGUACUACUGUCUAAGAUUUGAGUUCUAAUGCAGAGUGCUUAUAUCGGUCUAUGUCAGAAGUAAAAAAGGCUAGAUUAAAGUUGCCAUUCAAAAGUGUUUAAGAAUAAAAA